UCUCUGCCCCUCCCACAAUGGGGAGAUUUCCCUGCAGUAGUUUUGUGUCUCUUCCCCUCCCACAAUGGGGAGAUUUCCUGCAGUAGUUUGUGUCUCUGCCUCUCCCACAAUGGGGAGAUUUCCUGCAGUAGUUUGUGUCUCUGCCCCUCCCACAAUGGUGAGAUUUCCUGCAGUAGUUUGUGUCUCUGCCCCUCCCACAGUGGGGAGAUUUCCCUGCAGUAGUUUGUGUCUCUUUGUGCCCCCCCCACAAUGGGGAGAUUUCCCUGCAGUAGUUUGUGUCUCUGCCCCUCCCACAAUGGGGGAGAUUUCCCCCUGCAGUAGUUUGUGUCUCUGCCCCCCCCACAAUGGGGAGAUUUCCUGCAGUAGUUUGUGUCUCUGCCCCUCCCACAAUGGGGAGAUUUCCUGCAGU